AUGGAUCCCACCAAACCCGCCAACCGCGGCUCCUCGGAACGCACCCCUCUGCUCAACGGCGAGGGCUCCAACAACACCGCCAGCGGCGCGACGGGCCACCGCCGUCCGACCAGUGGCUCCAACCUCAAGCACUUCUUCACCAAUGCCCGCUGGACGCCCGGCACUGAGCACGACAACCUCGUCGUGCGCAGCGCGGCCUACACCUGGCACGUCACCAAGGUGACUCUUCUGAGUAACUAUGUCAACUUUCUCCUCGUCAUGGUGCCCAUAGGCAUCAUCGCCGGCGCACUCGAAUGGAGCGCCACUGCCGUAUUCACCAUCAACUUCUUCGCCAUCAUCCCGCUCGCCGCUGUCCUGUCCUUCGCAACUGAGGAAAUCUCCAUCAAGCUCGGCGACGCCCUCGGCGGCCUGCUCAACGCCACCUUUGGCAACGCUGUCGAGCUCAUCGUCAGCAUUGUAGCCCUUCGCGAUGGUCAGAUUGAGGUUGUCCAGUCGUCUAUGCUCGGCUCCAUCCUCUCCAACCUGCUGCUCGUCAUGGGCAUGUGCUUCCUCUUUGGCGGUCUUGCUCACCGCGGCACCAACGGCCACGGCAGCGAGCAGGUCUUCUCGGCCGCCGUCGCCCAGACUACCUGCUCCCUCAUGGCGCUCUCCUCUGCCUCGCUCGUCCUCCCCGCCGCUCUCUACGCCGUCAUGGACCAAAACGGCUCCAACGCCAAGCGCGAGUCUAUCCUCGUCUUCUCCCGCGGCACUGCAGUCAUCCUACUCAUCCUUUACGUCCUCUACCUCAUCUUCCAGCUCCGUACCCAUAGCAACCUCUUUGACCCCGAGGCUGCGCCCACCCUUGCCGCCGCCCCUGCCGCCGACGACGAGACCACCCAGACCCCCGAGACCGAAGCCGCCGCGGAGGAGGAGGAGCCCGUCAUGGGCCCCGUUGCCGCCCUCGGUGUCCUCAUUGUCGUCACGGUGCUGGUCGCCAUCUGCGCCGAUUACCUCGUGGGCAGCAUCGACGACAUUGUCGCCUCCACCAACAUGAGCAAGGCUUUUAUCGGUCUCAUCCUGCUUCCCAUUGUCGGCAACGCCGCCGAGCAUGUCACGGCUGUCGUUGUCGCCAUUCGCAACAAGAUGGAUCUCGCUAUGGGUGUGGCCAUUGGCUCUAGCAUCCAGAUUGCUCUUGGUGUUACGCCCUUCCUGGUUAUUGUUGGCUGGAUCAUGGACAAGGACAUGACGCUGCGCUUUGAGACCUUCCAAACGGUUUCGUUUGCCGUCUCGGUUCUUGUCGUUACGUACACGGUCCAGGAUGGCAAGUCCAACUAUCUCGAGGGCGCCAUGUUGAUUGGUCUCUACACCAUUAUUGCUGUCGCUUUUUACGCCACUCCCGGCGAUGCCAUGGAUACUGCCAAGGGCUUCAUCUUUGGCAACUCAUGA